AUGUCUACUGUGUAUCCUCAGGUCCAUGGAGCAGCUGAUCCCGUAGCUGCCUCUAAUGCCAAAUACCGUUCCGAGUUGGAGGACUACGGUUGGUUCGUUCGUCCCGCCGACACUGAGAAUGAAUCUUCCGCUGGUUAUUACGGAGGAUACCCUUGUGAGAGUUCGGCUGGAGCUAUUCUAGCGGCCAAACUUGCGGGAGACCUGGAUGGCAUUUUGACCCUCAUGGAUGAGGAUUUCGAGUUCGGCCCAAGCGUCGACGGACUUGGAAGAGACACUUCCGAUCCUGCCUACCUGGAUAGCCUCCUUCCGGACGGGACACCAACUUAUAUGGCAAGGCGAGACGAAGCUGUCCAGUCCAGUGUUAACAGAGAGGCAGGCUAUAGUAUUGACGUGCCGCAUACGCAAGGGGAGACUUUGAAUGGCCCUUCGUUUACAGUCGCGAAUACCACACCGCGCAAAGACAAGGGACGAAAGAUCUGUUCUCCUCGCGUAAACAAUUCGUCGUCAACCUCGCGCAAAGCCCCCCGUCCUCAGGCUUCGCCUUUCGAUGCUGCUCGAGGCAGUUCCACGCCAGAGCUCAGUAGUUCGUGCUCUAGUCCACCGAGCUCGGAGUUGAGCACACCAGCCAGUUCGCCGGUCCCGGUCCCGGUCUACCUCGCCGCACGCCCUUCAACACGUACCUCUCCACGCAAGCGCAAGGCCACUACGAAAGGCGACUAUAUGGACGCUGACGAGUUUGAUCCAACCCCAGACCAAGCUAGCUCUUCAGUGCCACAGAAGCGGGGACGUUCGGGCCCAAAACGCUUUAUGUGUAAAUGGAAAGAGCUGUUCGGAGGUGCUUGUACGAGUACCUCCACUACAGCACAGGCGCACGAUCGCCAUAUCGUGACCCACCUGCCGGAGGACAGCGGACACGCCUUUGAAGGCUAUCUGUGUUCUAUCUGUAUGAAGGGAUGUAACAGACAGGACUCGUGCCAGAGACAUAUCAACACGUGCUGUAAAGGGGCGGGACAUAUUAUAACGGUUGACCGCGAGUGGUUCCUCGCACAGCCGGCUAAUCACCACCUCUUCGUCCUAUAG